CCCCUUCCGCUUCGCCUCCUCGUUCGACCGAGUUCUUUCUCCCUUCCUCGUCCUGUCUAUUUUCUUCUUUUCCGCCAAAACUCUCCGCUGCCGUUCAUAGGGGGUGUUUAUGCGUCAUAAUAUGUUAAACCGAAAACAAAACCACAACAACCCGCUGAUUUCUGACACUGUUAUUGUUCGGCCUGCUGCUGCUGCUCUUACUUUCCCUCGUGUCCUCUCAUCGCCGGAUCUCCGCAUCUGAUUUCUGCGCCUCUUUGUCGUAGGAGCCGCUUCUCAUUUUUGUUUCCCAGGAGAAAGGGAGAGACCAGGAGAACCUUUGGUGCGAAUCGAGAGAAAGCAGGGAAGGGACCGCGCAUUAGGUCGACUAACCUUUUUUUGUUAUAACAUUUAUUUAUUUUACCGCCUGUGAUUAUCUUACGAUACGGAUAGCGUUUUUUGGGCAUCUAUCAUACCUUUACCUAUUUACCUUACAUACCAUACCAGCUUUUAUCGUAACUACCUACCACUGCAACCAACCACCACCUUCCACUCCUGUCACAGGGGAAAAAGACGUUUUGCUGUGCCGGCCGGUGGAAGAAUAGGAAAAGAGAUCGUUCGCUUGGAGCUUGGAAUCAACGAACCGAGUGAAAGAAGAAGCAUAGAAGGUUAGGAAGAAGGAAUAAUCUAAUUAUAAAAGGUACGGUGAAAAAAAAGGCACAUCUGCAGCGGUAAGCAUGGUCUUCCUAUUCCUUCAUUACCAUUUCUUUACAUUUUUUUUGGCGCCCAGGGUGCGGUGGACCAAGUAGAUUAUUGGUGGGGGAGUAUUUGGCAGGUUGCAUGCGAUGUUCAUCGUCGCCGGGGGUUGGCUAUGGGCUGCGGCGGAUGCUUAUGGAUGCUCCCGGACGAAUUGGCUGUUCUCUUUCUUCCCUUUUCCUCUCUCUUUCCUUUUCUCUUUUGGGCUGGGGGCAGGGAAACGGGACUACUCCAGUUAUCAUACAACGACAGUCACGCUAAUAAUUUGUGUUUUUCUCACCUCUCAGCUCUCAGUGUCACCGAAAGUCCACAGGAGAAGCCCCCCGAAAGACAGGAAAAAGAAAAGAAGGGAGAACGAACAAUCAAAAUAAAAAUAAAAAUAGGAAUCCAUAUUCCGAGCAGAGGGAGAAAGAAAAAAAAAGGGAACAGGAUCGGAAAAACAAAAUAUACCGACGACCACCUUUUCAACGAAGGAUUUCUCGUUUCGCUCCGCUUCCGCUCCUUAUUUACUCCCCCCUAUUAUUUACACCCCACUUUUUUUUUUUUUUAAUCCCACCCCCUUUUUGCGCCGUACAUAUCCUUCGUACAGAUACACACAUUUUAAAUACAUCCUACAUCUGUAGCGUGUUGAUCCCGUAGGUUGCCUUGUCACUGUCCUCGCUUCCUUUUUCGCGGGUCGUCGGAUCGAUGCUGAUUCCCUCCCGUUCGUUCGUCAAUAGCUAUCAACAAUAACAAUAAACAACCCCUCAUCCUCCCCGUCGUUACUAUCGAGAAAUCCUCCUCGACAACUCAACAACCAUCAGUCUCGGACGAGGGACUCAGUUCCACGGCGAUAAAAUGGACCCCGUGGAGUGGUCUCGCUGCAUGGCGAACAUCUUCUUCGCCCACGGCGAUCCUCAGGGCGACCUUCAAAAGUUUCGCCAUUUUAUUCCUCCUUUCGUACUGAGGACUUUUUGCGAUACACAGGACCAGGAUGUAUGGAUGGUUUACGACCAUAACCAAAUGUACCGCCUCAACCUCCUCCGAGUGCUCUAUUCUCUUCUUUUCGCAGAGGGAACAAGCUCGUGAAAAGAAUGGAAUAGAGCACGGAUUUGCUGUCGGAUGGAACUUUUGGGGUUAUAUUGAUUCUAACGUUUGUUUUUCCCCCAAAUCUAGGCCGGCUGAACCCGGGAUUUUGAUCAUCUACAAGCCGGAGGCGAAGGAGUUCGAGAAGCGACACUGGAGUGAGACCUUUGGUGCCGAGAAUAUCUACGCUCCGUACUUUGACAACCUGACUACGGAGACUUGGAUGCGGGAAUCGUUCCGCAAGUUUGAAGUUCUGAAGACGGUUGAUCGGGAGAUAUUCAAUGGAUUAGUGGACCCCAUCUGGCAGAUUCAUCAACAACAGCCCUCUGGAACCAUUCCCUUGAUUCGUGGCGACCUCUAUCAGCUACGGAAAUUUCUCUUUCUCAUGACUUCUCAGCACAGCAGGGACAAGACUAUGCAUUUGCUGGCCCACGACCCAACCAUGGAGGAUGCGAGAGUUAGACGGAGGAAGUUUAUUGAGGCACACCGCAUGGAGCAUCCUAGGGACGUUUGGUUGGGUAACGCGGAACAGAUCUUGAACUCCCGGCACUCGGACAUUCAGGGCAAUAUGGAUAUCUUUGACUUGGAUCGGGAGAAUUAUCGUGUGAAUGCGAAGGAGAGGUUUUUGGUGUUUUGGGAGGCGGGACCCGGCGAGGAGUUCAUCUUGACCGAGAAUGCUUUUGGGGGGUUUGAGGGCGGUCAGAUUGGUGCGAAGAAGAAUUCGCAAGUUAGCUUAAGGGCGAGGGAACUCGAACAGCACCUUUACACCCGGGAUUUCAUGUGGCAUCAACUCUAUGUUCUUUCACCGACCUUGGUCGCCGCACUCUGCCAUGGCACUUUAAUGCAUCCCGAGCUUACCCGAAACCAGAGGAAGCGUUAUGGUCUGAGGCGUUCUAUCUUGGAAGGCUUGCCGCAUGAUAUUGCGCCCAAGUAUUACAAGGAUAUGAACAAAUCGGAUGCGUCGUUCAUCAAACCGAACUGGACUUUGCCGGCCGAGGUUGAGAGGGCUUUUGGUGCCAAUGUGUCAUUGGAGAGGAGGAAGGAUGAUGAGAUUUUGUUCCCUGUUCAGCGGCUGACGCCAACCCAAGUUGCCCUGGUCAAUAGUGUGCUCCUACACAAUCAGCAGUCUGGCGCAAAGGUCAAAUCGGUUUGUUGCAGGUCUCCCCCGCAAUACCAGUCUCUCUACCAGUCAUUGGUUCAGUUCCAUCAUAACCAGUGGCACAAGUACUCCGAGGAAGAGCAGAACGAUUAUUCCCCAUUGACCGAUAGGCUCCAGGUGUACCUCAAUCCUGAACCUAUGGCUGCCUCGAGCCAACUCCAAUAUGCCCAACAAUAUGCCCAACAGCAACAGUUCCCAGGGCAUCACCCCAUGCUCGAUCCGCAAUAUUCCAUGCCGGUGCCCGAUCCGAGGCGACUCUUUGCCGAGGGAGGACACGCUCUCUCUGUUCCCGAACCCCCCAAAUACGAGCCCAUUCAUGUUGAUAUGCGUCCGGCCCACCUCCGUGCCAAUAGCCAUUCUGCCCCAAGCCAGACAUCCUAUCACUCGUCUGGGACUUCUUCGUUUGCUCCCUCCUCCCAGUCUUCCCAUGGAUACUCCUCGGGCUCCAGUCAGUCCUCCACCAGUACUCGGACCACUAGCAUUGACACCCCCCGUCUCGAGCCCAAAGAGAUCGCUCUUGACAAGAGCCGUCAGUCCCCAACCCGCAAAGCCGAACAACCCUUGGGCCGGCGUCCUUCUAAUUCCCAACCUGAACCUGCGUCACGUGGAAGCGACGGUAGUGGGAAGGUGAGGAUUGACAAGACAAAGCCAAAGGUGACGAACACGGUCCCGGAACGUAUUGAGAUUCUGGGGGAGCGCACCGGUGUCAUUUCUGAGCGGGGAAGGCAACUCGAUCCUCCCAAGAUUGAGCAGUCCAGAUCAAAGAAGAAUAGCCCCAAUCCUGGCCCAGACCGCCUGGAGUUUGCCGCAUCAGAGUUGAAUAAGACCCGUCGGCAGGAUCCUGUGAUUGAGCACCGCCAAUCAUAUCCCAAGUCCAGUGCUCUUCCCGAGCGUCCUAUUUACGUGGUUGAAUCUGUUAGGCCGAAUCCACCUGAGAGGUCAAGAACCGAUCAGCCCGGAGCUCAGUGGGGAGGCACUUUCACUAAGCAACAACAGCAGCAACAACCACAGACCCAACCACAGAGACCCGCUGUGGAGCGCAUGCCCCAGAGUAGUGAUGGCAUGAGGCAACGCAAGUAUGAGAUUAUCCGACCCUCGCAGCAUCAAGCUCAGCAACACCAAACUCUGUAUCAGCCCCAGCCUCAACGCCCAGCCAAUGAGCGCACAUCUCAGAGCAGCGAACAUGUCAGACAGCGCCGCUACCAGUCGGUCAGAUCGGAGGAGCAGCAGCAUACCGCUCACCCUCCGACCCAGCCUCAGAGACCUGUCGAGCGCACGCCGCAGAGUAGCGAUCAUGUCCGUCGGAGCCAAUAUCAAACUGUCAAGGUCGAAUACAGUCAGCCACAACCCCAGAAGCCUCUCGAGACUCCUGCUGAGCGAAAGCCCCAGAUUAUCGAUACCUCUAACAGAGAUAGAGGAAGGCAGUAUGAGGUUAGGACCGAGCCUGGCCAGGUUCAGAGACCCUCCAAUCCUUCGACCGAUCCCUCUCGCCCCGUUGAGCGUAAAUACCAGGUCGUCAUGCCGGAGCAACACGUUCACGCUCAAGUAACUGUCAAUAGUAGCAACACCCACAGCCAGCGUCCGAUCACCAAGCCAGAUAACUCAAGGGUCUAUCACCAUGUCCUAAAGCCCGAACAACCAAAGCAACAGCCCCAAGCACAAGCCCAACAGCAGCAGCAGCAGCCGCAGCAGUCCCAGGCCCCGCCUCCACCGCCUCCGCAUCAGCACCUAAAACCAGUCAUCUCCCACGAUAGCCAACCCCUCGUUACGGAUGAACACAAGGGUCGUCGAUUCGAAGCCUCGGAGCAAGUUCAGCAGACCGAACCUCAACGGAUUGUAAACUCGUCCGCAGAGCGAACCAUGCGUCCAGGAGUCGAGAUAGUGAGACCACAUGUUCUUGAGCCCACCAGAGCCACCGAAUCCCGUGCUCAAGAGCCAGCCCGUGUUGUGUUGGAGAACCCGAAGAUGAAACACCUCCGCUUCGAGACCGCGGGCAAGACUCUUACCCACAAGCACUCAGAUUCCAGCCUUGCAGGAUCCAUGGUUGUUGAGAUUGGUGAGGUUGAUGAGAGUCAAGUGAGUGAUGGUGAUGAGGAGGAGAGCGGUGAUGAAGAGGGAAGCUGGGAGGAUGAAGGUUUCGGAGAAUUGGAGGAGCUCAGCAAACCCCGCAAACCAACUGUUCGAUUUGCUGAUCGCCCUCUUUCGAGGACUGGUGGUCGUGGCAUGCACGCUGAGCGACCAUCUUCACGUUUGGGACGACGAGUGGAGAUUGCCAGACCAUUGUCUAGGAACAGCCAGCGGGUCGAGAAUGCCAGAAAGCCCAGGACCGCUCAUGCACACCGUUGAUCCGCAUGUGAAGGUUAAUGAUUCUUUCGCCCUUCAUUCGCCGGAUUAUCACUUGUCCCGUUUUUCCCGUCACCUGCAUCUUCUUUUUAUUUUUCUCACUUUUUUUCAUUCUUAUUUCCCCGAUUCAGCCUUAAUUACUCCCAUUUUUCUUUGCACUCCUCUGUUUAAUUUUUUAUUAUUGUUUCGCUUAAAUUUAUGUUUUCUUUUUUGUCAAUGGUAAUCCAUGAGGUCAAAAUCUUGUAUCAGGCGUUCGUGUGUGGGAAAAGUCAUGUAUCUCGUGGUUAAUUAUGUAUCUGUACGCGGCGGAGUAAACGGGGUUCGGGGAAGGGGGAGGGGAAGGGGUUGGUAGGAGCUAGGGCAUUUCACGGUUAUAGACAGAGGAUAAAGAAAAAUUAGGGCGAGGUCAUUUCUAUUGUUUCGGGGAAAUGUUUUGGGAAUUUUAGCAUUAAGCAGCAUAAAGGCAGGGGUUUCUCGGUUUUGUUUUCUUUUCUCUGUAUUUCCUCAUGGUGAUUCCCCAUUUCAUUAAAGGUGUACUUUCAUGUAAGAGCUGGAAAUAUUUUGGAGCUUUUUUUUAUUACCUUCUCCUUUCCCCUUGUCAUUUCCAUCAUCUUUUUUUACUACUAGUCUAGGGAGGGUUAUAUGUUUUAUGUGUUCCAUUCCUUCCAUGAUACCUUUUUCUUCCCACAUGCAGGACGGGAAGGACCUUUCUCCUUUUCCAUUUUUAUUCAUAUUUUCCCUUAGGAAUACCGGAGGAUUUUUAUUAUUAUGGUUGUUUUAGUGUGGUAAUUAGUCCUGGCGACGAUGAUGGCAUAUUACGGAUAUAAUGGGAUAUUGAAUGGAAUAUUGAACGCUUUGAAGGGCUUCUUUUCCCUUCCCCCCCAAAGCUCUCAGUGCGUCGCGCCCAGGUGACCUCUGGUGCUGCCCUACCCUUCGUCUCACUUGGAUUAGGGGGUUCGAGGUUCGUGGUAUGAUUGCUGUAUGAUGCGAUAUCAUACAAACCGAGUGCUGUGCUGUGAAUGGCAGCCUUGGAAACGCCAGUGUCUGGUACCGCUUUGAACGUUACCUGCAUGAACGAACACCCACCGAUACGGGUGUAUAUUGGCUUUGUGUCUUCAUUCCAUUUUCCCCCGGGUGGCGCCAUCACCAUAUCUUGACCGAAAAUAUUAGUCUUUGCCGCCAGCCGUCCAUUUGCUAGUACAUGACACCGUGCAAUAAUUUAGCUCGAUAGUGAAAGGCGCCAAUCCCGAUCUCGACCCGCGAUGAUGACGAAUCUCGAUAUCCCGCAGAAUCAUCUCUCGGAACUCCCGCUACGGGAGUAUCAUAAUUACCGGCUGACAUGCUCGCCCCAACUCGGCAGACAGACAGGUCAAGAGAAUCCCAACACCGGCUAAGGAGAUCCAAAUACUCGGUACAUCAGCAUCCGGUGGGUCGAUCUCGUGCCGUGUCUCGGAAAAGGGUGAUGAGGAGGGUUUUCUCUCUUGGACCCGAUGCAAUAGCUAGUUAGUGGGUUCGGUUGGCGGAGGGUAUGGCAAUGGUAAUGGAAAUCGAGGGAUUUUAUGGGUAUUUGUGGAAUCACUCUCUGGGACUUAGGUUUUUUUUUCUUUUUUUUUUUUUCUUUUCUUCCAUUACUUUAUCCUGCUCGUUGUGCGCGUGUGUCCGGUAUCUAUAGGUGAUGUACUCGUACUGUACAGCACGGGCUUGCUUCAACGGGUGUGUGUGGGGAAUUGAACGAUGGUGUAGUGCUUGCUUCCGGGCUCGGUGUGCUGAGUAUUAUAAUAUCAUACCUCUUCACGAAAGAAGGUUUACCGGAGGUGGGAAGUUUUAAAGUUCUCGGUGCGAUGCGUGGAAGGAAGGAAGGAAGGUGGAGAGAGGGAGAGAGAGAGAGGUGUCGGUCCGGUUGAGGAGCUUUUCC